AUUUAGAAAGAGGGUGCCACGUAGAAAGUGUGGGGGGAACUGAGGGAAGAAGGAAAGGCCGAAAGGGUCGAUGAAGCAGAGAGAAAGUCGGUCGAGGUUUUCGUAUGAGCAAUCAAAUCAAUUCUCAAUUUUACAUGUCUUGUAUUCAAAUUAACACACGCACUUUGCAUCUUCCUGUUGUAUCAUCUUCAUUCUUACAUUACUACUUUUGCACAAACAAACCCUAGACAUUUACUUACACAGUAUGGGCAACUAUAUGGCAAAGGAACCCCCUCCUCCAGUGGUGUUGGUGCCUCCGCUCUUCGACUUCCCUCCUCUUGCUGCUCGUACUCGGGUGCUGGAGUCAUCAUAUAAUUUGUUGUUUGGGAAGCUUGCUCUACAAUGUCUUUUUGAUGAUUACUUUGAUGAAGCUAGGCACUUUAGCACCAGGUUCAUGCUUAAGCCAAUCGAUGAUCCCCAUGUCGACAUGGUUGCCACUGUUUCAGGUCCUCUUGACCACAAGCCUGAUGACAAUAUCGUGGGAAAUGCAGAAUUCCGCUGGCAAAGUGAUGUCGAUGAUCCUCAUACGUUUAUGGACCUUUUUGUCUCAAACUCUGACCCGAUUUUACGGAUGAGAUCAUGUGCUUACUACCCGAAAUAUGGAUUCGGAGCAUUUGGUAUCUUUCCAUUGCUUUUAAAGAGCAGAGAAUCUUUUGGGGAUCAGGGUCUGAUGGGAUUGCGAUAUGGGUCGACAAAUCUUUCAUUUGGAACUACGUUCAAGCCUUCGAUUUUACCAGGUGAUAUCCCUAAUAGUGCAUGGUUAGUAAGCAAAAUUGGACGAUUAACAGCUGGACUGCAGUAUGAGCCACAAAUUGGAAAAAAGGAUGAAGCAAAAAUUAACGAUUUAACAAAUUGGAGUUGUGCUGUUGGCUAUGGAGUUGGAUCAGGCUGCCCCUUGAGUCCAUCAUUUAAUUUUUGCCUUGAAUUGGCUAAAGAUUCUGAGUUUAUUGCCUCAUUUUAUCAGCAUGUGGUUGUUCAAAGACGGGUCAAGAAUCCCAUGGAAGAAAAUGAAGUAGUUGGAAUCACAAAUUAUAUCGAUGUCGGAUUUGAGCUGAAAACAAGAGUUGACAAUGACAAAGCUAAGAGCGGCAUGCAUGAUUCAACCUUUCAAGUCGCUGCAUCUUGGCAAGCCAAUAAAAACUUUUUACUUAAGGGAAAGGUGGGGCCUCUUGGCUCAUCUUUAGCUUUAGCAUUUAAAUCAUGGUGGAAGCCUGCCUUCACCUUUAGCAUGUCAGCUAAAAGAGAUCGCGCUGAUGGGAAAACAGCCUUUGGAUUUGGUUUCCGUGUAGACAAUGUUAGAGAAGCUAGUUACCAAAGGGCUGAUCCAAAUUUUGUGAUGCUGACUCCCAACAAGGAGCAUCUAGCAGAGGGCAUCCAGUGGAAAAUGGGGGAAAGACCAAUGUUCGAAUCAGAUGUUAGUUCUGGGAAUUUUGCCGGCAUACCAAGAGAACUAAGACCGUUGGCUAAAAUCUUGUAAUCUGGUCUGAUUCUACUUAUGGUUUGUAAGCUGUAGGAUUGGACUCUUAGAAAUGCUGAAUUACGAUAGUCCGUUGGCUCUUUUAACAUAGCUGAUAAUUAUGAUCUAUUUAUUAGCGUGA